UAAAAGUUUGAGUGAAAUGCGCGUAUACGUACACCCUCGCAGAAAGUCUAAUAGUACCCAUGUUUGUGUCUCACCAUCCACGUGAUGAUUGCUUCUGCAUAGGUGCCAGACCUGAAUUAUUAUAUCCAGCUUCUAGUUGCCAUGGUGAUUGAACAUACAUAAACAAACUAACAAAGUAUCAAGAAAUUGUGAAAAUCGUGAAUUGAAACAGUGGAGUUACUUUCAAAUAAUGGAUGAACAAGAUUACAAAAGUGUUAUAUUAUACUAUGGCCGGGAGAAGCUCUACCGGACCAUGCACCGGACUGUAUUGGAAGCAAUGGGAAAAUACACAGCCGAUGCUAGUUUCAGAUACUACAAUGGAAUCGCAUUGAUUCUGGAAGGAGUCAGGCUACAAGAAGGCAUUCGUGAGCUGAACCAACUGAUUGGAGAAAAAGAUUUGGGAAUGGUGGUGGUUUUGAGUUUAAUGUAUGCUCAUAAAAGGUGCAGCGUAGUUGAUAAGGAAGAGCUGUUAAGCCUGGACAGCAGGCUCAAAGAAGAGCGAAAACGGCUUACAUCGAUGUCCGCAUACUAUUCAUCUUUAUUUCUAUUUCUAACUGGAAAGUUCGACAAAGCAAGAGAGUACGCCGAUAAAGCCCAACGACUUGGACCCAACUCUCCAGAAAUUUUAACACUGAAAGGAUGGUGUGAACUUGUUUCAAACAAACCCCGCUCUACGCAUAUCCUUGAUUUAUUCGACAGGGCUCUUGAACAUGGGAAGCAAAUUGAUGCAAACAUUGGUCAAGUACGGUUCCAUCAACUGAAUAAUGAUUUUGAAGCAGCUAUUUCCGUACUAAAUAGGCUGUCGGUGCGGUUCCCUGAAUUAAAUAUACCGCUGAUCGAGAAAAUGAGAUGCAAUCUUUCCAAUUGGAAUUGGGAUAAUGCUAUUGAGACGUCAACAAGGAUUCUUACCCUCGAGCCAACAAAUUUGGAAGCAUUACAGGUGAAAAUACUGAUACUAAUUGCAAAGGAUGGUAAUUACAGCGGUAGCCUAUCAGCGUUGCAAUAUUUAUUUGCUACGAUGGAGAAAGUUGAGCCAGCCAACGGAAAUCUUUUCAUGCGAAUUGGUCAACUCUUUUCCCGAAUGUGUGGAAGAAAUGCGGCUAUUCUGUCUCAAACAUAUACUUUUGUUGAAAAAGCUUAUAAAUUGAAUGCAACAAACGCAGAAUACGUUACCGAACUUGGUUAUCAGAAUAUUUUACAAAAAAAGUAUAAAGAAGCAACAAAACUAUUCAAAUUGGCAUCUAAGUUAGACGAUAGUUCUAUGUACGCUCUAUGCGGUUUGACUUUAUGCCAAAUGAUGGAUUCUGGAAUCAGUGAACAAGUGUCACAGCAGAUUGAAUUUUUAACAGAAAUUCAAGGAGAAGACAAAAUACCAUUACUACUGUACAUGUCAUCUAAACUGCACCAAUCUAAUCAUGAGGAAGCCAUAGCCAUGCUUCUGCAAGCAAGUGAAAUACAAUUCAAAAAUUUGAACACGCUUUCAUAUGGGUUAGAAUAUUUGAGACAAUUUAACCCAGAUUUUCUUACACAAUUAGUGAAGGAGUUGUUGAAAUAUUCUCCUACUGAACAAAACUUAGAUGUGAUGUCAAUCGAUGCGCUACACCCUUCACUUAGACAUAGUGCGAAUAUAUUAGACUCGAUUGUUAAAGCUUGUCCAGGUAUGGUAGAAGCUGCCUAUCUUCUUGCACGAGUCCAAUUUCUAAGCGGUGAAAUCGGAGCAGCUGCGGGCACCUUACAAAAAAUUCUACAGGACAUUGAUCCAACGUAUUCAGAUGCACACUUACUUAUUGCCCAAAUUCACAUACAGCAGAAGUCAUAUCAACGUGCUGCACAGAGCCUAGAAAUAUGUCUCAGUCAUGAUUUCAAGGUCCGUGAUAAUCCAAUGUAUCAUUUGCUGCUCGGUAUCGUAUAUAAAAACCAACAACGUUUUGAUGAAGCUCUGAAAACCUUUUUUGUCGGAAUGGGAAUAUGCGGAAUCAACACCAAUGGAAGUCAAGUCAAAUCUACAUCGGGUAGCAAGUCCAAUGCAGAGCAGCUAAGCGUUUCCGAUUUACUAACUCUAUACUUGGAAGUUAUAAAUACCCAUGUUCUGAUGAAUCAGAACUCCGAGGCUUUGAAACUAAUGCAACUGGUGUCAUCCGAGUUUGCGUCCACAUCAGAAGAAGGACGACUAACGGUGGCAACAGCUGAUUUUUAUAUGCAGCAAGGAAACUUUACCAAAGCAAUUGAACUCUUGAAAACAAUAACUCCCAAUCAACAAUACUACGUGCAGGCAAAAACUAAAAUGGCUCAUUUUUACUUAGUACAUAAAAAAGAUCGCUUGGCCUAUGCUCAAUGCUUUCGAGAACUUGUAGCUAGUUGCCCUGGUCCAUCAAGUUAUUUGAUGUUGGGAGAUGCCUACAUGUCUAUCCAAGAAGCAGAUGACGCUAUAGAAGCAUACAAACAAGCUCAGAAGCAGAAUCCGCGAGAUGCGCUACUUGCCAGUAAGCUUGGCAGAGCUUAUGUGAAAACCCACCAAUAUAAAAAAGCGAUAUCGUACUACCAAGAAGCGAUUACUACUCCCGAAAAUGGACUACUGAAGCUGGACCUGGCUGAACUGUUUCUGAAACUCAAACAAUACUCAAAUGCAGAGCAGACCCUGGUAGAUGAAAUCGAAUUAUCGAAAAAAGAAAUCGAGGAAACUUCAGUUUUGCAAACCAGAACCAAACAACUACUACUAUUGGCUCGUGUUCGUGAAAAAGCAGGAUAUUUAAGUUCGUCUUUGAACACGCUGAAAGAAGCACGAGACAAUCAGCUGAAAAUACUAAAGCAUUUGGCAAUGGAGCAGAACGUGACCUUGCAUGAACAAAACAAAAUACUGGUGAAAAUUUGCGUAUUAAUGGCCGAGCAGUCAAUUGCUACCAGGGACAACGAGCAAGCAGUGCACCACUAUCGGGAAGCACUUCGGAUUAACCCAAAUGAUGUGGGAUUGCUGUCAGCAUUGGCUCGUACCUAUAUGCAUGUGAACAAUAUGGAUCAAUGUCAGUUGACUUGCGCAGCCAUUUUGCAGAAUGAUCCAAACAACGAGGUAGCAUCGGUUAUGAUGGCGGAUUUAUCCUUCCGGAGGAUGGACUUUGAAAGUGCUGCCUUUCAUUUCUCUCAGCUACUGCUGUCGCAAGCGACGUACUGGACAGCUCUAGCUAGGCUAAUAGAAGUUAUGCGCCGAUCGGGAACCCUACAAGAUGUCGAACAAUUUUUGCACCGUGCAGAAGAUGAGUGCUUACGUCCGGAUACUGAAGCUGGUUUGAAUUAUUGCAAAGGAUUGAAUGAUUGGUAUGGUGGGAAUCCUAACAGCGCUCUUAGAUUUUUCAACAAUUGCCGUAAAGAUUCCGAAUGGGGUCAACAAGCAAUUUACAACAUGAUUGAAAUUUGCCUGAAUCCGGAUGGAGAUCUUCCUAAUGAAGGUGUUAUAGACAUUGGAGCCGAUGACUUAGAAAUUAAAGACUCAAGGGCGAUGGCUCUUCGAACGGCCGAACGGUUGCUGAAUGAACUCAAACCUCGGCCUGGUGUAAUUGAUAACGAGGCACUGAAUCAUCGCUUACUUAAAAAUUUCCAUUUGGUAGCAUCCAGGCAAAAGCACAGCAUCGAUAGAGCUUUGCAGGAUUUUACAGCAAUCGCCACACAAGAGGAAUACAAAGAACAUGUAGGAGCUAUCUAUGGUAUGGCAUCGGCGUACGUUAUACUGAAACAGUCGCAAAGAGCUAAAAAUCAGUUGAAGCGGAUCGUUAAAGUGAAUUGGACAUUUGAAGAAGCUGACUAUCUUGAAAAAUCUUGGUUAUUGUUAGCUGACUUGUACGUACAAGCAGGGAAAUACGAAAUGUCUAAUGACUUAUUGAGGCGAGUUCUUGAGCACAACAAAUCAUGUACCAAAGCGUACGAGCUAUUGGGACUCAUAUCCGAAAAAGAGCAAAAUUUUCGAAACGCUUCAAUGUACUAUGAUUCAGCCUGGAAAUGUAGCGCCAAAGCUAAACCAAAUAUCGGAUAUAAACUGGCUUUCAACUAUAUGAAAAUUAAACGAUAUGCGGAAGCAAUUGACAUCUGUCAACAAGUUCUAAAAAUUCAUCCAGACUAUCCUUCAAUCAAAAAAGAUAUUCUCGACAAGUGUAGAAAUAAUUUGAAAAACUAAAUAAUCGUUUUUGUGUAUAUUGAAACCAAUCCGUCCAUAUGAACAUUUUAUUAUAACAUACAUUCAUAUCAUAUAAUAUUAUUCACGUGAUAAAUACAUGUACCAGAAUUA